AUGUCAUUGACGGCCAAAAAUUCUUACUGGACACGUGUUGUGGGUGAAAUUGAAAAGAAAUCUAUGCUGAAGACUCGCAAGGAGGCAAUCAAAAAAUAUGACUUCUCGCUGACAUUGCCGAAGUCGCUGAAGAAAAGGGUUGCUAAGAUUUUGCCAUAUGAAUUUGAUGAAUACGAUAAAAAUGUUUUCAUUGAAGAAUCAACAGUUGAAGCACCACUACAACUGGAUGAUGAAGAGGAUGAUGAUGACGAGAAGGAAGGUGAAAAGGAAAAGAGAAAGGUAGACUUCAAUGAAAGUACAUGUUCCGAAGUGGAGAGACUUGAACAUGAAUAUCCAAAGUUUGUUUUAAAUUUGGAAAAACCUCUGGAAUACAAAGGCAAGCCAAAAAAGAAAAAUAACUGGCCAUCAACGUUUAUAUGUAAGCCACGUAAAAAACGUGUCUGUUGGGAUUCCAAAAUUUACGAUAUGGAAUGUAGUAUAUGGGAGAAGUCACUGGACGAACAGGCAGAACAACUUAUGGAUGCGUCAGCUGAACGCUUUACCACAUGGAUAAAUUCACUGGGCAGCAAUAGAGAUUCGGAUAUUUCCAAAGAAAAGCUGAAAGCUUUGUUUUCCAUUGAAGGUGAACGUAGACUGUUAGCAUCGAUUAUAACCGAACCCAAAGAGGUGAAAGCCAUAGCCAAAACUGUGGCAGACAAAUGGAAUGUGCCAGAGAUGGCAAUUGAGCUGAAAUAUGAAAAUUAUAUUAAAAAUCGUUUGAAAAAUGUUCCCAAGAAAAUUGUAACAGUGGCAUUUGGUCGCACCAUUCCCGUCAAAGAUCGACCAUGGCAACCUUCAGAGUUUGAUGAACCCAUUCAAACGGUAUUUCCUGAUGAAUUGCUGACAAUGGAGAAGCUAUUUAAGGGCAUAACCCAUUUACGAUCCACGAAAUUGUUGGUCGAUUUUUAUAAGCAACAAAAUGAACUUCCACGACCGCAUUACUUAGUCAAAUCGGGUAUGUUCCGGGAGAAGACCAAGGCCCAAACGGCCACUGAAGUUCCGCUGUAUGAACGUUUGAAGUUGAAAUAUUGA